AUGGAAUGUCACGUACAAGUUGUGUUUCUGUGCUUGGUCUUUUUCAUCCCUGCUGUGUGUUCGAAUCCAGGAAAGGAAUUCCUUUUGGCUUUCCCACAAAAUUUAGGAAGUGGUACCCACGACAUGGAUAUUCUUAUAACGUCUGUCGUCGAUUCAAAUCUGACUGUGAUUUUAACCUUCAACGCUCCUCCGGACUUCGCCGAACCCUCGAGUGUACAAUUUACGCUAUCGCCUAAGGAAAGAUAUGAAAUGAAAGUGUCCAACACUUUGAGAAUGUCAGUUGGAAAUCUGAAAGAGAACAAAUCCAUGACAAUUUGGAGCUCAGAGGAUAUCAUAGUUCAAGUUUUCAACAAACACAACUCCAACGGAGAUGCUUAUUUAGCUUUGCCAGUAGACAUCUUCGGAACCGAAUUUUAUUCUGUCAAUUAUGAGGUAACAAUGGAUGGUUCAGCCUCUUACUUAGUGGUCGUAGCUUGGGAAGACGACACAACGGUUACGAUCCGGUUGCCGAUAUUUCAGUCCGAUAUUGAACUGCACUUUGAAGGUAGAUAUUAUGGUAGCGGCGAAACAGUAACUAUUCAAUUAUCCGCAAAAGAAGUAUUUCAGCUGCAGAUCUCAGCUGAUUUAACAGGAUCACAUAUAACAUCAAAUCGUCCAGUUUUCACAAUCUCAGGACAAAAUAGGACCACUGUUUUACACAAAACGUGCAAGAGUCAUAUGAUGGACGUUCUUCCGCCUCUAGGAAGCGUAUCAACUGAGUAUGUCACGGUAUCUUACCCUGACAUCGGAGCGUUCUACAGAGAUGAUAUGUACCGUAUUAUUUCUACAUCAGUUAACACGACAGUGACAAUCGGAGGAACACAAACAAUCACUCUUGAUCGAGAUGGUGACUUCUAUGAUCUCUUCGUGAGUGCUUUCGUAUAUAACUUCGUCCAUGCAAGCAAGCCUAUCUAUGUUACUCAAAUGUCGUCGUCAUAUUUCAACCAUUCGGCACGGUUUGGAGACCCGUCUUUGAUGAUUCUGACACCACUACAAGCAAAGAGAAGUAGCUAUAUUUUCUCCUCCAUGAAAUAUACUACAUAUCGUGUCUUUAUAACGAUCGUCAUUGACGAGAGUUCCUCGACUACACUUCACUUGGAUGGGGCUCCCUUCACAACCCAAUGGUACCCAGUUACUGGUAAACCAAGUUUAGUUGUGGGUAUGGUGGAGAUUAACCAAAUCGAUUUGGUAUCUCAUCACAUACACCAUCCUGAUGGAGUGGCUUUUUUGGCAUAUCUUCAGGCCGGUGAAACAUGUGAGGCUUAUGCUUUACCUUUAGGCUAUUACGUAACAUCUUCACCAAAGCCAUGUGAAGAAUCAUCAACGUCUCCUGGAGAUGGACUUGACAAUAAUUGUAAUGGGGAGGUUGAUGAAGAAGUAUGUUGUAUACGCAAUGGAGAAUCGGGUAUGAUAUAUUACAAUGAUGUAAAAAAUAGAGAUUGUUUAGCGCCAGCAGGUUAUACAACGAGUGAUAUUAUAUGUUGCGGAGAAAAUAACCAGCAAUAUCUUUGUCGAGAUGGAACUCAGAAUCAAGUUCCACAAACUAAUACAACGUUAGAAAACAAUUUCUUUCCAUCUUUAUUUAGCGAGAUGGUUUUGGAAGCUGGUUCAAAUCCGAUAGAAACAAUUAAACACCCUGGGGAAAUCGACACAAUGUUGAAAACAGUUUUAUAUCCUAAAGAUUUCGAUUCAGUCUCGGGUUGGAUACCCGAUGUUGGGGAUGGAAGUGUUUUAAAAAUGAUGCUGAUUUAG